AUGCCCAAUCUUGUCAAACCCAGAGCUGGACCUUCAUCUGCUCAGCGUUCUGCGUCAAAACCACAGAGGCGAGCAUCACAGGCUUCUGAUGGCAGUGCUUCACUUCAGAAGGAUUCCUCUCCAUCAGAAAAGAGUAUUAUUGAAAGCUCUUUAAGGUCUCCCAUGCUGCCUGAAAAGAAAACGCCUGUGCCACAAGUGCCACAGUUUUCCCCACUAAAAAAAUCGGUGAACAAAGAGCAAACUGUAGGUGUAGCUGCUCAAAAAAAUGAUGACACCUUGCAGAAGAAUGUACCCUCCCUGCUCAAGGAGAGACCAACACAGGAAAGAUCUGGUACACAGGAGGAAAAGCUGCUUACAAAACCUAUUCCUGUAAAAGAGAAACGAAUGUGUUCUGACCGUGAAAGGAUCCUCAAAGCUCGGAAAUUAAGAGAAAUGCUUAAAGAAGAGCUGAAGAAAGAGCGGAAACAGUUGAAGCACAGGCCUCCAAUAAUUGAAGGACGUUCUCCACCAGAUCGUUCUAAAAUGACCAUGAGAGACUUGAUAUACUAUCUGCCAGAAAACAAUCCUAUGAAGUCUUCAUUGGCAGAAGAAAAGAGAACAGAAAGAAAUUCUGCACUGGGUCAAAUGAAAGAACAAGAAGAGAAAAGUACUCCUAAUCAUGAAGAGGAAGAUGAGGAGCAAGAAGCAGAGGAUGGAGAGGAGAGUCAGGAUGGUCCACUUCUAGUUCCUCGUGUGAAAGUAGCAGAGGAUGGUUCAAUUAUUCUGGAUGAAGAAAGUUUGACUGUAGAAGUUCUAAGAACAAAAGGUCCAUGUGUUGUAGAAGAAAAUGAUCCUAUUUUUGAGCGUGGCUCUACAACUACGUAUUCCAGCUUCAGGAAAAGUUUUUACACAAAACCAUGGUCAAAUAAGGAAACAGACAUGUUCUUUUUAGCUAUCAGUAUGGUAGGAACAGACUUCUCCUUGAUUGGACGGCUGUUUCCUCAUAGAGCCAGAGCAGAAAUUAAGAACAAGUUCAAACGUGAGGAAAAAGCUAAUGGAUGGAGGAUAGACAAAGCUUUCA